AUGAUGAGCAAAUACUCACAGUUCUGGCCUAAGGGUGGUAUGCAGGGCAUCCUGCACCACUUUACAGAGACAUUGACGACAUUCGAAUACACAGCCAGUCAAGCUCGCAAACCACACAGCAUCCUUUUCGUCGGAGGUCUUGGUGACGGACUAGGAACAACAUCAUACACUGCCGACCUGGUGCACGCACUAUCACAAACAGAGUGGUCGCUCUUUUCGCUCACUCUCACAUCCUCAUAUCAAUCAUGGGGCCUUGGACACCUCGACAGAGACACAGACGAGCUCGCGCAAGCGAUACGAUAUAUCAAGGACUACAAAACAUCAAAGUUUGGCGACAAUGGCAAGAUUGUGUUGAUGGGACACUCGACUGGCAGUCAGAUGGUACUACACUACCUAUCAAGAUCCAAUCCUCACACCACAAACCCUUCUUUCGACUCAGACCUCAAGCAUCUUCAACGUUUGGCGCUCGAUGGUGCCAUCAUGCAAGCACCCAUUAGCGACAGAGAAUGCAUUAAGCUGGUCUGCCAACAUGGCUUCCGUGGGAACACCCCAGAGCAAUGUCAGGCAUACUAUGAGCAACUAGUCAAGAUGGCAAAAGGAUUCGCCAGCCAAGAAGAUCAGACUUUCGACGUGCUGCUGCCCAUCCACUUGACAUAUCAAAUUGGCUACCCUGCCAAUACACCACUCUCUGCACGCCGUUUCUUGAGUCUCGUGAGCCCAGAGAGCCCGCACAACCCCUCCGAGGAUGAUGUCUUCAGUUCAGAUCUCAGCGACGAGCAAUUGGCAAAAUCAUUCGGCAUGAUCCAAAAGCAAGGAUUGUUGAAGAACAAGAUGGCCGCCUUCUACUCCGGUGCCGACCAAGCUGUGCCUGACUGGGUGGACAAAGAGGGUCUGAUGAAGAGAUGGGCCAAGGCAGCCAAUGCUGGUGGAGACAAGGAGAUUUGGGACGCUGAACACACUGCUGUUGUACCCAACGCAUCACAUGCUUUGAGCAAUGAUGAUCAAGGUCCAGCAAGAAAGUUCUUGGUCGAGAAAGUGCUGGGCUACUUGAACAAGUCCACAGGCGCAUAG